CGAGUCGCCGCGGGAAGAGGGUGGGACCUGGAGACGCGCCCCGCUCCGCUCAGGCCAGCCGCGCUCUCCCCUCCGCUCGCCCCGCUGCCAUGGGGUAGGGGCGGCGGAGCGGGGGGACGCCGUCAGGCUGCGGCGGCCGGCGGAGCGCAGAGCAGCGCCCCGCGGUGCCGGGGGGCGCGGGGGCGGCGCGGCGGAGCUGGCGCGGGAGGCUGGACAGGGCAGGGGGCUGCCUCGGUGCGAGAGCGGCGGCGGCGGCGGCGGCAGGCGGAGAGAUGAUCGCGGAGUUGUUGAGCAGCGCCCUGGGGCUCGCCCUGUACCUCAACACCCUGAGCGCCGACUUCUGCUACGAUGACAGUCGAGCUAUCAAGACAAACCAGGACCUUCUGCCUGAGACGCCGUGGAUCCAAAUCUUCUACAAUGACUUCUGGGGGACACUGCUUACUCACAGCGGGAGCCACAAGUCCUACAGACCUCUCUGCACACUUUCCUUCCGCAUUAACCAUGCUGUUGGGGGAAUGGACCCGUGGGGCUACCAUCUUGUAAAUGUCUUAUUACAUGCUGCAGUCACAGGCCUUUUCACAAACUUCUCCAGGAUUCUGUUUGGAGAUGGGUACUGGACUUUGAUAGCAGGCCUGUUGUUUGCAUCUCAUCCCAUCCACACGGAAGCCGUAGCGGGGAUUGUAGGGAGGGCAGACAUUGGAGCCUGCCUCUUCUUUCUCCUUUCCCUGAUGUGUUACGUGAAGCAUUGCUCUACCAGAGGUUCCUCACCAAGUACUUGGGGCUGGAUCUUGGGAGCAGGGCUGUGUGCAGGAUGCAGCAUGCUGUGGAAGGAGCAAGGAGUGACUGUUCUGGCCAUUUCAGCCGUGUACGAUGUCUUUGUAUUUCAUCGACUGAAAAUGCAUCAGAUCAUUUCUGCUGUAUGCCAGAGAAAGAAUUUGAGCCUGUUCUUCAGCAUUGGCUUGUUGACCUCCUGGGGCACUGCACUGCUGGGAGUUCGCUUAUACUGGAUGGGCAACAAGCCCCCAAGUUUUUCCAACUCUGACAAUCCAGCAGCUGACUCAGACAGUUUUCUCACACGUACGCUGACCUUCUUUUACUUGCCAACCAAGAACCUCUGGCUGUUGCUGUGCCCAGAUACUCUUAGCUUUGACUGGUCUAUGGAUGCUGUGCCUCUUCUAAAAACAGUCAGUGACUGGAGGAAUCUACACACUGUGGCCUUCUAUGCUGGGCUCCUCCUCCUUGCCUACUUUAGCCUGAAGGGCUCCAGCAAUGAGAGAGAAUGCAACGGGAGAACUGUAAUGAACGGCAAGCAAAAUGCUAAUGGGCAUAGCUGCCACUCAGAAAUGGAGUACAAGACACUGGAGGUGAAGUCAAGCUUUGUAUCAAAAGAAGAGAAUGGCAUAAAAAAGCAUGAAAUUAAGAAACUGCAGCUUCCUUCAACUGAGAACAUUGUCAUUCUGUCUCUCUCUUUGUUAAUAGUGCCCUUUGUUCCUGCCACAAACCUAUUUUUCUAUGUUGGCUUUGUAAUAGCAGAGCGUGUGCUGUAUGUCCCUAGUAUGGGCUUCUGCCUGCUGGUUACAGUAGGUGUCAGGGCCCUUUAUGUCAAAGCCCAAAAGCGCUUUUUGAAGAACUUGGUUUUUUGUUCCACUGCUGCAUUAAUUAUUUUCUAUGGACUCAAGACUGUUGUCAGGAAUGGGGACUGGCAGAAUGAGGAGAUGCUGUAUAGGUCAGGGAUAAAAGUAAACCCUGCUAAAGCAUGGGGUAACCUUGGAAAUGUUCUCAAGAGCCAGAGCAAGAUUUCUGAAGCUGAAAGCGCCUAUAGAAAUGCCUUGUACUACCGCAGCAACAUGGCUGAUAUGCUCUAUAAUUUAGGAUUACUACUUCAGGAAAACAGCAGGUUUUCAGAGGCAUUGCAUUACUAUAAACUGGCAAUUGGAAGCAGACCCACACUAGCUUCUGCCUAUUUAAAUACUGGUAUCAUCCUGAUGAACCAAGGGAAGACAGAGGAAGCCAGGAGGACUUUUGUGAAGUGCUCAGAGAUCCCUGAUGAAAAUCUGAAAGAUCCUCAUGCUCAUAAAAGCUCUGUUACCAGCUGUCUUUAUAACUUAGGAAAACUUUUUCAUGAACAAGGACACUAUGAGGAUGCCCUUAUGGUUUACAAAGAAGCAGUACAGAAAAUGCCAAGGCAGUUUGCACCACAGAGCUUAUAUAACAUGAUGGGAGAAGCCUAUAUGAGAAUGAGCCGGCUGCCAGAAGCAGAGCAUUGGUAUGUGGAGUCACUGCGAUCCAAGAGUGACCACAUCCCAGCCCAUCUCACCUAUGGAAAACUGCUGGCUCUGACGGGACGCAAGAGUGAGGCAGAAAAGUACUUCAUGAAGGCUAUUCAGCUGGAUCCUACCAAAGGAAACUGCUACAUGCAUUAUGGUCAGUUCCUCCUUGAAGAAUCCCGCCUGAUAGAAGCAGCUGAAAUGGCAAAAAAAGCAGCUGAACUCGAUAAUAUGGAAUUUGAUGUUGUUUUCAAUGCAGCCCAUAUGCUCAGACAAGCCAGUCUUAAUGAAGAAGCAGAGAAGUAUUACGAAAUGGCAGCAGGAUUAAGACCUAAUUAUCCAGCUGCCUUAAUGAAUCUUGGAGCCAUUCUCCAUCUGAAUGGUAAACUGAAAGAGGCUGAAGAAAACUACCUCCUUGCUCUUCAACUUAAACCUGAUGAUGUCAUCACCCAGUCCAAUCUGCGCAAAUUGUGGAAUAUCAUGGAGAAGCAAGGUUUGAAGACAUCCAAAACAUGAUAAUGAAAACUAUAAAUUUUUCUUCCUUAAACUUAUGAAAUCCACAAACUAGAACUUCCACACUCGGUUGUUCAGUCAGAGAACUCCCUGGACUUGAGUGCAAGGAUCACAGGUCUUAGUUACUGCUAAGGAGAAACUAUUCUGCCAGAUAAAUAGAGUAAGAGAUACUUUGAGGUAUUUGUGAAGGACUUGUUACCCCACAAAAAUAUUUGGAACCAUAGCACUUGAGAGAAGGUGUUUGGGCAUAUUUGAUAAAUCAUUGCAAAUCCCAUAUUGCUUACUUUUGGGUGGGUACCUGAAAUGUGUACUGUCACAGAAAUACUAAGGGAAAAUUGCACAGUAUACACGAAGCCAUAUGGGAGUUAGUGGUAAUAGUGGGUUAAAGUAUUUCGCUGAUACUGUAACUCAUUAAAAUGUAUACUAAAUCAAACGUGUUUGCAGUUUGUCUUAAUGCUGCUGUAUCUCACUUUUGAACCAUUUGCUUUCCAGUUUCUCAGCUUAUAUGGCCAAUUUUUUUCAAACCUGUCACAUGAGUAGAUGACAGCAUUCAAAGUUGUUUACUGAAACAUGCCUCUUAUUUCAGCUUGUUAACUUCUAAUGCAGGUUUCUUGAGACAUACAGUCAAAUUGCUGUCAGGUAGACAGAAUGACUAAGGAACUGCCCAUAUUCUACAUCAGAUAUAGUAUGUAAGCUGGUAAAAAAAGUCCAUAGCUGUGAUUUAGCAAUACAGGCAAGAGUGAUGUUUGCCCUGAUACCAAAUCAACGUGGUCAGACUGUCAUCUUAGGACUGUCAUCUUAGGACUUUGCCGUCAGAUAAGUCCAACUUUAAACUGGACUCUGAAUACAAUAUUUUUGCAAUAACUAGUACAAGUGAGAUUUGAAAGUAUUAGUGCUUGGAUAUGCUAUAAUGAGCCUUCAUGAGCAACUCUGAGAAAAGGGAAUGUUAUCCAUUGGUGAGGCUCGCAAAUAACUGAAGGGACUAGAUUAGAUUAUGCUUAAAAUAGUGUAGAUCAAGAGAAAUCUGUAGUGGUGGUUACCAGUUACUUUUCACAGUGGUGGUGUUUUAAUGAGUAUUACCUAUUCAGAUUCUAACCAAAUAUUAGCAUUCUGUUUGUAUUCUGACGUGUGCUAGCAGCAGAGCUGUCAAAUAUCUAAAUAUGCUUUUGGUGAGGUUCAAUUUAUUUCUGUUUCAGAAUGAUUUGGCCUCAUUACUGUUUUAGUCUUCAAAUUUUCAAGGUAAAGAUAAUUUAUUUCAAAUUGAGUGUAUGAAGCUUUAGUCAUUUUUUUUCCAGACCAUUUAUUAACUGCUUUCUUUCUAUUAUUGCUUGUAAGAAAAUUUACUAUUUCAUUUAAUGGACCUUUGAUAUCUGCUUCAGUAUUCCUUUCAUAAUGAUAGAUAAAAUGUUAAAGUGGUAGAGCACCUUGAACUGAAGCUUCUUCAGGAUCUUCUGUUGAAAACUUUUUAUUACUGAGAAAGGGUUUGGGGUUUUUAGUUUAUGUAUUCUUUUUUAACUGUUGAGCACCAUUCCAACAAAAAUGUAGAGAACUCUUUGCUGUAUUUAUUUAUUUAUUACUUGACUGCAGCAAUGUUACCUGCCAUUAACACGACAAGUCUGUAAGUGUUGCUAUUUCUUUUGUUUGGUUUUACUUGCGUUUGUUUUGUGGUUAGUGUACGUACCUAAUGGGAAAGGGAACACUUGAGUUAUACUCUACCUUCUUGGUCAUUCUCCCCUUAUACUUGGUUUUUAACUCUGUAUUGAAGUAGAUUGGGGAAUAGAUGUUUCAAAGUCAGUAUAGUAAAAAAAAAAAUAUAGUAGUGUGUGUUUCCUUUUCUUUCCUAUUGCUCACUAAAAUACCAUAAGUUGCUAGGUUUACAACUGGCCUGCCAGAAGGGCCAGAGGGGCAAGAUUGUCUGGUUUUGUGGAGCGUGUCAAGUUUUUCUCAAAUAAUGUUGUUACUGGAAAAGCAAAAAUGAAGGAUCAAAAGUUGAAUUUCUACUUUAUCAUUGAAACCAGUGUUAGAAUACAAUGGUAGCUUGAACAUAUUCUCCUGCUUUACUGGCUUUCUGGUAAAAAAUAUAGGAAUAGAUAGUCAUUAUAACUGAACUUGGUAUAGAACUGUGGUAUCCUGGAGCUUUAUUUUCUCAACAGCCAUCAAACUCCGAUGGCUUCUUGGUCUUAACCAUUCACCAUGUUAUUUGUCUCCUUCAACUUGUACUUAUUGUUGUUUAAUAAUUUUUAUUCAUUGCACAAAAAGGGGGAAAAGGGGAGCACUCCUGUGAUACGGUGUCAUGCUUGCAUUGAUAACUGGUUUUGUUUGUUUCUUUAACAAAAAAAAAAAAAAAAAAAAAAAGGAAGAGAAAGAAAAAAGGACUACCGUAAAUUUACCAAGAAUGUCCCUGAAUACAUUUUUUUAAUAUAGGUCUGGGAUUGAUAACUUUCUUCUUUUGGGAUAAAUUUAAAACAUGUUUAAAAUAUGUCUCUCUGCUCAGGGAUUUAUGGUGGAUUAUUGCAGACAGUGCUAAAAAAAUGUAAAA